UUCUUUUAUUUUAUUUUUUACUUUUUCUUUCUUACUGGGGGUUUUUGUGCUACACAAGCACCUGGGCUUUGUUCUUUGUUCUCGUGUCAACUUGAAGGCGGCCAGAGGGAAGAGAGACUGUCACUAGAGAAAUAGAAGAGGAAGAAGUGAGACAGGAAUGGCAGGAGGUGGAGGAGGAGGUGGAGGUGGUGGAGGACAUGCCCCACCGCCGAAACAAGACGAGUUGCAGCCUCAUCCGGCUAAAGAUCAACUGCCCAACAUUGCUUACUGCAUUACCAGUCCUCCUCCUUGGCCUGAGGCCAUCCUACUUGGCUUCCAACAUUACUUGGUGAUGCUUGGCACAACAGUUCUGAUUCCAAGCUCUCUUGUUCCCCAGAUGGGUGGAGGAAAUGAGGAGAAAGCAAAGGUUAUUCAGACAUUACUAUUCGUGGCUGGCUUGAACACAUUGUGUCAAACUUUGUUUGGGACCCGAUUGCCUGCAGUUAUUGGAGGCUCUUUCUCCUUCGUGCCAACAACAAUUUCAAUUGUUUUGGCUGGUCGAUACAGUGACAUUGUGAAUCCUCAGGAGAGAUUUGAAAAGAUAAUGCGAGGAAUUCAGGGUGCUCUUAUUGUUGCUUCAACACUUCAAAUAGUCAUUGGCUUCAGUGGCCUUUGGCGCAAUGUGACAAGGUUCUUAAGUCCUCUGUCUGCAGUCCCUUUGGUAGCUCUGUCUGGCUUUGGGCUCUAUGAGUUGGGCUUUCCUGUGCUUGCAAGAUGCAUAGAGAUUGGACUGCCACAGCUCAUUGCGCUAGUAAUUUUUUCACAGUAUAUUCCCCAUAUAAUACGGUCGGAAAAACAUGUUUUCGACCGCUUUGCUGUUAUAUUCUCGGUGGUGCUCGUGUGGAUUUAUGCUCAUCUACUCACUGUUGGUGGAGCCUAUAAGAACACGGGAACAAAAACUCAAGCAAGCUGCCGAACUGAUCGGGCCGGAAUUAUAGGUGCUGCUCCAUGGAUAAGGGUUCCAUAUCCAUUUCAAUGGGGAGCUCCCACAUUUGAUGCUGGAGAAGCUUUUGCUAUGAUGGCUGCUUCAUUUGUUGCUCUUGUAGAGUCAACUGGUGGCUUCAUUGCCGUGUCAAGGUAUGCCAGUGCAACUCCGAUGCCACCUACAAUUCUUAGCCGAGGUGUUGGUUGGCAGGGAGUGGGCAUUUUGUUCUCUGGGAUAUUUGGAACUGGAACUGGAUCAUCCGUAUCUGUUGAAAAUGCUGGUCUGUUAGCUCUUACACGUGUUGGAAGCCGAAGGGUUGUGCAGAUAUCUGCUGGAUUCAUGAUCUUCUUUUCCAUACUUGGAAAGUUCGGAGCUGUUUUUGCUUCAAUCCCACCACCGAUCAUUGCUGCUUUGUAUUGCCUUUUCUUUGCCUAUGUUGGUGCAGCAGGUCUCAGCUUCCUUCAGUUUUGCAAUUUAAAUAGCUUUAAAACAAAGUUCGUUCUAGGCUUCUCUAUUUUCAUGGGCUUAUCAAUCCCACAGUACUUCAAUGAAUACAGAGUAGUCAAUGGUUAUGGUCCUGUGCAUACUGGAGCAAGAUGGUUCAACGAUAUGAUCAAUGUGCCAUUCUCAUCAGAAGCAUUUGUAGCGGGGUUGUUGGCUCUCUUCCUGGACAGCACACUGCACCGGAAAGACAAUACAACUAGGAAGGACAGAGGCAUGAUUUGGUGGGAGAAAUUCCGGUCAUUCAAGACAGAUUCAAGAAGCGAGGAGUUCUAUUCUCUUCCCUUCAAUCUUAACAAGUUUUUCCCAUCAGUGUGACUCUGAGAGUUCCUAAGUGGUCUGAUCCUCAAUUGAUCAUUAUUAUUGAACUGGUUAUGGAAUGGAGUGUAGCCCCUGCAAGCAAAUUUACCAUCUACCAUCUACCAUCUCUUAUUUGGUUGAUUUAGAAAAAGGGGUUUUGCUGCAGGCGAUUAAGAGGCAAGGGCACAGGAGAUUUAAGCAGUAAGAUUCAGUCCUUAGAAACAUGCACAGGUUUAGUCUUCUCUCCAAGAAAAUUCAGAUGUAAUGAUGCCUGUAACCAUCUAUUAGCCAUGAAGUUUUUCUUUUUUAGCUUGAAAGGAAUAGUGACUCUUGCUUCAAUUUAUCCCACAAGACAACUAAAUCUGAGUAAUGAUCUGGUCAUUUGGUUUAA